AACAACUAGACACUAAUUUGCAUUGUCCAUGCGCGUAUAACACGAACGCGUUCUCUCACCAUCACGAUGGCGCUUCAACCCGAAGCCGGCAGCAGCAUCGAUCGCGCAACGACGGCGCCUUUCCUCCUCCGCCUCUUCUGGCGACAGUCGCGUGCUCUCGACCCGUGGGAAUUCAGUGUCGCGCCUCCACCAGAUACUACCAACAUACCCGACUACUCCUCUCUCCUUCCUUCGACGAUCCGCUCACAGAGCGUCCAAAUCUACACCUGGCCCAACUGUACCCUUGGCGAGCUCACAGCCCUUUUCACCUCUGUCCUGCCAUCCGGCGUGAUACCUUCCCCGGCUGUGGGCACGCGUCUGGUCUUCAAAUUGAUAUUUCCCGACACGCGCGCGACAGUGGUGGAGGGGAAUCGGGGGAAAUGGAUUGACAAACCACUGGGCUCGGUGGUGAUUGGAGGCUCUGCUGCAGAUCUCCAAGACGAUGAAGACGAGAUGCUAGAUAUUAAGGAUAAUCUGGAAGGGGAUGCGCAUAAGACUUUGGCUGGUGCGAGGUUUGUGAUUGGAGACUACGUUGCUUGUUCGAUCUAUCCCCCGGGAGCAGAUGGUAGGGUGCAGCCACUACCACCACACGGUGGCAGAGGACCACCAAGGGAUGGUGGAUACGGAAAUCGUGGGCCACCUCCACCAAGAGAGAAUGGUUAUGGGGGAGGGAAUGACUACGGGAGAGGUGGUGGUGGCUAUAGCAGAGGCUAUGGGAGAGGAGGGCCAGGAUAUGGGGGGUCACGAGGAGGCGGCGGAGGGCCUCCCGGAGACUGGCGUAGAGGAGAACGACCACCUGGGGGCGGAUAUGACGGCCCUAGAGGAAGUGGUGGCGGAGGUUACAGAGGCGGUUACGGAUCAGGUCGGCCCUAUUAGUGAUGGAAUAGGCCAACGACUAUGGAGUGCACGAGAAAAUCACCUUACGUCCAAUUCUCCCGGGGUAUCUACUGGUUGUAUGGAUCAACCAGUGUGUUGAGAUUAGCGAAGGCGUCCUGGUAAAAGAAGUUCUAGGCUGCAUGUAAACAAAGGAAAGGGAAAACUUUGGUCAUUUCUCUUGCUCCAUUAGAUGGGGUAGCAUGCUGAGGAGUGCAUCGACUCAUCGAGCAAAUACGGUAUUGAAGUGCGCUGCACAUCAUGACAUGGUUUCGCACGACUGCAGUCUGCAGCUAGCUUGGUCUAUCCCACUUCAUGUCAUCCUGCAGCAAUCUGCUGGUCACUUCUCGUUUGGCUCGCUCCUUAUUUCGAAGGAUCGAAACACUCCGAACCAUGCUCAGAUCAAGAUGGAAUGUCGACCUUAGCGAUGUGCUUUCCUCGUAAAGUCAUGCUGAUUGUCCACUGCAGCAGUUCUCCCUGAUCAAUUCGAGCACUCGAGCUGUCGAGAGCCGCCCACGUGGUGCCACAGCUGAUCAAGUAGAUCAUCGGAGAUGGGUCCACGGCAGACAUGACAGUUCCAGUGCGCGCCAGCGUCAAAAAUUGGGCACACGACAUGCUUCACAACACCGCCAACACCAGCCCCACAGCCUCAUCAAACUGUGCCCUUCCCGUCAAACUCCCUGCAGCGUCCUCCAAGCCCAGCCCCACGACCAACAACCUCUGUUCACUCGGCCGCUUCAUCAAAAUCGCACUAGCAAUCGUCGUUGCCAAUGUCUGCCCCACAACCUCAUCCUCGCGCUUCGUGCCACCGAGAACAGUCGUAGCAGUCAAGUGGCUCAUGGGAAGCAAAUCAUUCUCGGGAUCUCCGCUUGAAACAGGAUUGGGGUUCAUGGGGUCUGCUGAGGUUGAUGCUAGUGCGACAUGAGCCCAGUGCGAUAGCUUGCCGGCUUGUGAAAGCGUGAUGAUGAUCUUGUCUGCAAAUGCAAUCGAUGUUACGGUGGUCAGAGUGUCGUUGACAAGUCCCGAUGUUGACCUUGAGGGCGCUGGAAAGGGCGCUGGAUAGACAUUCGCUUGAGCUGUCACGGCGGCCAUGAUUAUACCUUU